CACCGCCAGCCAGGCUCUCGGUUCACGGAAUGCCUUGCUACUGCAUGACUUCACUCACUUCGUUUACUUGCAUUAGUGGUCCAUGUAGUAAAUUUUAAUUUUCAUUACCAAUGCAAAUAUCAAGACCUAACGAUUUGUAGGUGUUGUGAAGACAGGGCAUUAACUUAGAAAACAAUAUUUUUGGUGUGACCCCGAAAUCUCUGGUGGAGUUGUCAACACUCCACAGUUCACACCACAAAGUCCAAGAUGUGAGAAUGGAGGAGUAGCGAGUAAGUAGUGCCCAGCGGUGUUGUAAGCUGCUUUGCCUUGCGUGGAAGCUGCCUACCCUGCCUGGCGCCUGCACACGCUUCGCUGGUGGCGCCAGCACCUGCCACUGCAGAGUUGCACCCGCUAAAGUAGUGGUUAUAGGAGUAACCUUCCCACACCGAGUCUGCGAGGAAUGUGGUGCCUGCAGCCUACAGGUGUGUGGUGCACACCUGCCGCUUUGCCUUAGCGCUGUGCGAGGCCAUCAAGGAGGUUGUGAAGAUGGCAGAGUCUGGGAACAGCUCUAUGAGGCGGGUGGCUCAAGCCUCUCUGCCUGGAGCCCACCCUCAUCCCCAUCCCUCACACCCCCAUGAGCCAAUACCUCUUCCCUAUCACUGGCAUGAAAAACAGGAAAUGAUGCAGCGGGAGCUGGAGGAGGCAAGAGCCAGAGCCACACAGAUGGAAAAGACAAUGCGGUGGUGGUCAGACUGCACUGCUAACUGGAGAGAGAAGUGGAGCAAGGUGAGGAGUGAGCGCAAUAAGGCUCGGGAAGAAGUGAGGAUUCUUCGUGGCCGCCUGGAAGUGUCUCAGAGGGAAAACAGCGCUCUCAAGAGGGAAAAAAAUGACAUGGAAGCACAGAUGAGUCACCUUAGUAAAACUUAUCACAUGGUGUGUCCAAGAAAAGAUCCCUCUCUGGAACAGCAAGAGGACCCCAGGAGUCAGGGUACACACCUGCGAGAUUCACCAGAAAGAGACGGCAGCGUUCCCCUGCGGCCACUCACUCAUCCAGAGGCAGAGAAGCUUUCCACUGAUGAAAUGCAGUUUAUUCGUGAUGCCAAGAACACAAACUUCAGCCUCCUGGAGGAAAUCUUUGGCUCACGUGGCCUGCACCAGGCCAGUGAAGCAAUGGGCAAUGGUGAGGAAGGGGUGGAUGGGGAAGGGAAAACUCUCACCCUGAGUGGGGGAGUGGAAAAUGUGUCGGUGUUUGUCCACAAGCCCAGUGAAGCCACACGGCUCAGUGAGAAGUGUCGUGCAGGGAGGGAAGUGAAGGACCUUAUCUGUGAUGAGUACCUUCAGGACACUGCAGUGCAGGAGGACUCAGGAACCUGCCACCACCACCACCACCACCACCAUCAUCACCAUCCUCCACCUCAGCGGGAGAAUGACGUGGAGGAGAAGCUGAUUCAUGCUCAGCAGCAUCAACAGCAGCAGGAGCAAGCCAUGCGAGAGGCAGCAGGAGGCAGCAGUAACAGCAGCAGCCAGCCGUCCCCGUCCCACCGCAUCUCCACCAUGUCUGACCCGCUGCCGGAUACCACCCCCUGCCAUGUCCUCAAUCCUCGGAUAUCGGCCGUCUCCGACCCAACCAGCGAGGUGUGUGGAGGGAGUGAGUGCAGCGAGGGACUCUUUGAAGAGGCAGGGCGUCCUUGGGAGGGUGUGAGCGGGCGUGAGGUUCGGUGUGGGAGCAAGAGGACUAGUGGAGGAGGCGGCAUGGGAGGGUGUGGGGGCUCCUUGCUGGAUGACUCUGGUAUCACGCCUGAGCAGGAGAGUCUGGAGCAGCAGGUGACAAUGCUCAAGCUGAGGCUGGAUGAGGCCACCAAGACCAUACAGGCAGAGAGAGAGGAGAAGUCAGUGCUGGACCGAGAGUGCAGCAAGUGGCAGGCAGAAACAAGUGAGUUGAGGCUGAGGCUGGAGGACAUGCGAGCGUCACGGCAAGACUUGAUGAAAGAGUUGGUAGCGCUCCGUGCCCAGCACCAGAAAGAAGUACAGAGUUUGCAGCUGGAAAUGUUGGACGAGGCGUCCACCAGGGAGUGUAUAGACCGCAGAAUGGCUGACCUCAGAGCAGAGCUGGAGAGACUACAGGAGGAAAAUGCUGCUGAGUGGGGUAGGCGAGAGCGACUGGAAAGCGAGAAGCUCGGCUUUGAGCGAGAAACAAAGAAGCUCCGCGCACAGCUUGGAGAACUGGAGGAGAGACUGGACAAGAGGAAUAAGAUGAACACCUCCUGUCAAGACUCUGAUGUGGCUCAGCUUAAACAAGAAAUUGCUGAUAAGUGUAAGGAACUGUCAGAGCUGAAGCACGCCCAUGCCAAGCUGAAGAAAGUUCUGGCGGACAAAUCAGUCGAGUUGCUGCACUGCUCCCGCCGUGCUGAGCAGUAUGAGAGUGAAGUGAAGCGGCUGCGUGCACGAGUGGAGGAGCUCAAGAAGGACCUGGCAGCUGCCGAGGAUGAAGUGGAUGGUGCUUCCAACAGCAUGAGGAAACUCCAGCGAGGCAAUGAUGAACUUCAAGAAACGGUGGAAAAUCUGGAAGUACAAGUGGAACACCUCCAGUCCCGCCUCCGUUCAUCCCAAGUGUCCUCCCUCCCUCUCCGCACCUCCGGCCUCCUUCAAGACUCUGAUGACGACGCUGCACAGUUCUGAACUGUGGUAGGUCACUACUCAAGGUUGUGAGAGAGCUUCUUGUGUGACCUGACCUUACCUUGGUCGUUACUGACCAGCUUUUUAACUAUAACAUCAUCAUCAUUGUCAUUAUCAUCAUCACCACCAUCAUCACCAUCACCAAACAGGUUAUUCAGGGUUUUAAGUGGAUAGUCUUCUGCCGCGACCAUCUCCUUGGGACAUGCUCCUAGGGCUGCCAGGCAUCACAGAAUACAUUAUACAACACUUAAAGAACAUAUACUAUUUUGAACCAAUUGAUUUUCACAGUUGUCUCUAUUUUCAGCAUUUUAUAGUAUAUUGCAUAUUCAUAAUAUUUAAAUCUAUGUCUGCAUAUAUGCACAAAUACACACACACACACACACACACACACACACACACACACACACACACACACACACACACACACACACACACACACACACACACACACACACACACACACACACACACACACACACACACACACACACACACAUUUACUUUACAGUAUGACUGGAGAUCAUGUGACUUAAAUCGAAAGUAUUUCAAGAAUUUCUUUGAUUUAUCAUCUUUAAGUGAUAUUUCAUACUGAAAUACACAUAACAUACAUCUCUUAGUGCCACAAGUUUAUCACUACAAGUAAAUCUUUAUUGUUAUUCUUAUAUCCCACAAAACAAAAUUGAGCAAGUAACAAACACUGGUCAGAACAGUUUUGAUGCCAUGAUGGAUGGAAGAGGUGCACCACCAUCAACAUUUUGCAAUCUGCUAUUACACUGAUAUAAUAUGCAAUACUGAUACCUGUAUGGUCAAGAAAAAUAAAAAUAAUAAAUAAUAAUAAAUUUUAAAUAGUUGAGUUGCAAUUCACAGUGACUAUAUGAUACAGAGCAGUGCAUUUCCUCAUUCGCAGUAUGUAUUCAUUUGCAAACAUAUGAAAUAGAGUUGCACCCACCUUAAUGUUUACUCAACUUAAACACACUCUGGGCCAUCUUUGUAAUAUGCAGCAUAAUUCUGAAUGGAAAAGAAGACAGACAAGUAGAAAUGGCUGAGCAAUAUCAGAAUGGUGUGUGUGAUGUACGUUCAACUUCCACAUGUCAAUGUCAAGAUGCUUUGAAUUGUAACAUGAUCACAAGUCAACACUGCAUAUUGAACCAAAAUCUGUUUCUUUUUAGUUCUCUCACAAACCAUUAUGUACAUAAGCUUCUCUGCUAUAGGUUAACUGGUGCUGCUGCUAACAGUGGAGAAUACUUAGGUUACCAGUACUUUCUUUGUUUUUAUGCUUCAUUAUUAAAAAAGUAAAUUAUGUUUAUCAUUAGGAAUAAAUAACAUAUUUACA